AUGAAAUUAAAAGAAAAUUUAACCACGAAAUUCGAAUCAACGGAGGAACGAAUUAAAAUGAUGAAAAAACAUAUUAACAAUUUAAUAACAGAGCAAGAUAUGAAUCAAAAACUUUUAACCACUCAUUCUGUGCAACUUAAAACUGAAGAUCAUCAUUACCGAUUGAGUUGUCAGACCGAAUCAAGUCUUUACCAAGAGGCGCGAAAUUUUCAAAAAGAAUGGCAAGAAGUAAAUGAGAUGGUAGCAAACAUUGAAAGAGAAUUACAGAAAAUAACAAAGAAAAUAGAAACAUCAAAAAAUACAUUAAAAUAUGAUGAAAAGAAUUUACGAGAAAUGGAGGAGAUAUUAAAUGAAAAUGAAAAUAAUAAUGAAUUAAUAGAGCAAUACAUGAAAGAAGAUCUGAAGGAAUAUAAGGAACUAGAAUUAAAAAGACAGAAACUUAGUAUUGAAUUACAAACAUACCGUGAUUCAAUUAUUAAAACAACUAACGAAGCACGAGAAAUGGAGAUUAUACUUAGUCGAACAUCUGCAUUAUAUAAUCAAUCAUUGAUAGAAUAUCGACAAAUAUUUAAUCAGUGGAAAGAAAGUGUAAUCAUGUUACAGCAAAAAAAUGACGAUAUCAAAAAGAUCAUUCAAGAAACAGAAGUAUUACACGAAAUUUCUGAAGAUAAGAAGAAAGUACUUCAAGAAUCAGAAAAAUUCUUAAUCGAACAAAUUGAGAAUAAUAAACAAGUUCAAAACUCAAUUAAGCAAUUAGAAAAAGAGCUUACUGCGAUGAAGGAAGAACAGGGUAAUUUAAAGGAAAUGAUUAAUGCAUACGAAAAUCAACUUGUUAUACAAAAAAAUAUCGUAAAAGAAUUGACUCAACGUGUACAACAAGUAAGAACUGAUAUAAACCAUAAAAAGUCACAAAUACAAAUUAAAAAUGCAAAAAUAGAAAAAACAGAUAAACAAGUAGCAGAUUUAAUUGUAAAAUUACAAGACAUCACCAAUCAGAAAGUAGAUAUUGAAGAAAAGGCAAAGGAAUUGGAGGAAAUGAUAGAGGAACAAGAGAAAAAGAAAUCCAAAAUGAUUAAAGAAAUAAAUCGAUUACAAAUGGCGAAUUUACGUGUAAUGAACCAAAUGAAAAACUUAGAAAAUGAGAGUAAAAUUUUGAAAAUGCAGUAUGAAAAAGAAUCUAAAAAAUGUGAAUAUUUAGACAAAUUAUAUGUUAAAGAAGAACAAAUUUCGGAAAAUAAAAAGGAAACAUGGUAUCAAGCUGAAUUUGAAGUUCGAAAAUAUGAGAUGAAAUUGAAUAGAUUAAGAGGACUUGAAUAUGAUAAAUCUGAACUCGAAAAAAAACAAAAAAAGAUCGAAGAACUUCAAAGUGUAUUAGAUGAAAAAAUGAAAGUGUCCAAAUUAUUACAGAAACAGAUUACCGCUUUAGAAGAUAAUAUGAGGAAAAUAUCAAAUAGUUUAGCACAUGAUAACGAUGAAUUAGAAUAUUUACAAAAUAAAAAGCAAGAUCUUGUUCUCAUUAUGAAUGCAGGAGAAAAAAGAUUAAAAGCUGCUCAAAAUCGUUAUGAAGAGAAACAAGUAGAAGAAAGUAUGCUACGACUUAAAGUAUCUCAAAUGGAGAAAAUAAUAUCAAAUAUAGGAGAAAAUGUUUAUGAUUUAGAAAGAUAUAGACUUGAAUUAGAAGCAGCAAUGCGGGAACGAAAAGCAGAAAUUAUUGUACAAAAGGAAUCUCUAAUCGUACAAAAAAGAAUUGCAGAUAGUGAAUGUUCAGAAUUAAAAAGUGCUAUUGCUGAGAGAAAUAUAAGAAUAAAACAAUUACAAGCAAGAUAUGGCAAUUGUAUAGCAUUAUUGGGUACUAAUCCUGAUGGAACUCCAAUAGGUACUACUCAUAUGAAGAUUCAAUGUGCACAAGAAAGAUAUCUUUUACAAGAGCAAGGCGAUAAAUUAGAUGAAACAAUAAGAAAAACUGAAGAUGAAAUACAAGCCAUGGAAAAUACAUUACGAGUAAUAAAUGUCUGUAAUGACAAAUACAAAGUAACUUUAACUGCAGAUGACCAAAAUAAAUUAGAAAUAGAAGAAUAUAGAAAAUUAGACGAAGAACUACAACAUGCAGAACAAAAUUUAAAGCAGAAAAAGGAAGAAUUACAGUGUUUAACUGAAAAUAUGCAGAAGAUACAAAAAGACUAUGCGAAAAUUCUUGAAGAUAUUGAAGAAACUCAAGAAUGCAAAGAAAAUAAAAAACAAUAUUUAACUGAUUUGAAACAUCAAAUUCACGAACAAAAAGAAAAAAUAACAAGAGCUGAUAAAAAUUUACAAAAUGCCAAAAAAGGUGUUCAUCGACUGUAUGAAACUACAGGAGACAAAACUGUACUGAUACAACAGAAAGAAAUAGAACUUCGUGAAUUGCAAGAACAAAAUUCCAUUGCUUUGCAAGAUAUUGCAGAAUUUACAGUUCAGCAUGUAGAAGUUGAAUCUUAUAUUAAAAAGUUAUUAAUAGCUCAAAAUAUAGAAUUACCAUCUACAACUUUGCUUAGUCAAUCACCAGGAACCAAUCGAUCUUAUAGUAAUACAAAUUCAUCAGAAUGUUUACCAAAAAGUACAAAUAGAGAAAGUUAUGGAUCAUCUAAGGGAAGUAUUGGGCAUGUUGUCAAUAUAGAACCAGAAUUUGAAAUUCCAAUACAAAAUGUAUCAAGAAGCAAUAUAAAACAAAAGCAAUUAUCUACAAAAGCUUCCGUACAAGCACAAUCAAUGAAGAAAACUUUUUAAUAUAAUUCUUUAAACUGUAUAAUAACAAUAUUAGUGUUUUUUUAUUAUAUUCAUUUACAUU